AUGAUUCGUGCCAGAAAAGUGUCUACUCAUUUUCACCAUUCAUCAUCUGCCACUGAUAAACUUAAGUCUAUUCAAAUUGAACUUGGCACUCACCCUAAGAAACUUAUUCAGGACAUUUGCACUAAGUGGAAUUCCAGUUUUUAUAUGUUGGAACGAUUGUUACAAUUAAAAACUGCCAUUUUAGUAUAUAUAAGUGAUGUUGAAUCAACACUUCUGACUUUUAACCCCAAUGAUUGGUUAUUAAUGGAAUCAUUAAUACAUUUACUAAAGCCUUUUGAGGAGUUCACCAAACAUACUUUUUUGAAUCGACCUAACACUUCUCAUUUUGGAGUUGGAACUACUAAGGAUAUUAUGCUCACUCGUCUUUCAAAGCGUUUUGAAAAAGUAAUCAAAGAUGACAACCUUAUUAUAGCCACGUUUUUGGAUCCAAGUACUUAUAUAUCUGCAGUAGAAAAUUUGAAUGCUGGAAAUAGAGAGUCAUUAUGGGAUUUUUAUAAAGAAAUUGCAACAACAUCAAAUAUCGACCAAACUGAAGAACCUAUGUCUCUUAACUAUACAGAUUUGGAUGACUACCAUAAUUUCAAUAAGGAUCUAGUUGUCGAAUUUGAAAAAUAUUGUAAUAUGCAAUGUGUUUCGAUUGAUGAAGAUCCAUUAAGUUGGUGGAAAAUAAAUGUUAAAAGUUUUCCAUUGAUUGGAAAUAAAUUACUAUUACAAAAAUAUUUAUCAGUGCCAGCAUCCAGUGUUUAUUCUGAGAGGUCGUUCUCAGAGGCAGGAUUAGUAUAUGAAGCUAAAAGAAAUAGACUUCAGCCUCAAAAUGCUGAACAACUUUUGUUUCUUCAUCAUAAUAUAAACAAAUUUUAA